CCUCCUCCUCCUCCUCCUCCUCCUCUCGCUCUGUCAAUCCAUCGAGUGUGUGAGAUCUGUUUAUCUAGCCAGUGAAAUUGAUCAAGAAGCUCCGCCAAUUCUACAGGAUUCGUUCGUGUUUCACAUUCGAGGAGCUGUGAAGAUCUUGAUCUUUCUGAAGGAUAGAGGAUUGAAUUUCACCUAUUUCUCGGUCUUAGGUUCCCGAUCUGAUUCGUUAAGGUUGUAGGAAAAGAGAGGGGGGAAAAGCAAUGGAGAAAUCUUGUACAUUGCUUAUUCACUUCGACAGAGGAACUCCUGCUCUCGCUAAUGAAAUCAAGGAGGCUCUUGAAGGGAACGAUGUUCCAGCUAAGGUCGACGCUAUGAAGAAAGCAGUAAUGCUUUUGCUGAAUGGGGAGACUCUCCCUCAGCUAUUCAUCACUAUUGUACGGUAUGUCUUGCCUUCUGAGGAUCACACGAUCCAGAAACUUUUGCUUCUCUAUUUGGAGAUCAUCGAGAAGACUGAUACGAAGGGAAGAGUUCUCCCUGAGAUGAUUCUAAUAUGCCAGAACUUAAGGAAUAAUCUCCAGCACCCGAACGAAUUCAUCCGUGGUGUAACUCUCAGAUUUCUCUGUCGGUUGAAUGAGACCGAGAUCAUUGAGCCGCUGAUCCCAUCAGUUUUGGCCAAUUUGGAGCAUCGCCACCCCUUCAUUAGGAGGAAUGCAAUCCUUGCAGUCAUGUCAAUCUACAAGCUUCCUCAAGGCGAACAGCUUCUCGUUGAUGCCCCUGAAAUGAUUGAGAAGGUGCUUUCAUCGGAGCAGGAUCAAUCAGCCAAACGAAAUGCCUUCCUUAUGCUCUUUACUUGUGCUCAGGAUCGUGCAAUUAAUUAUCUUCUCACCCAUGUUGAUAGUAUCAAUGAGUGGGGAGAGCUGCUUCAGAUGGUUGUACUGGAGUUGAUCCGCAAGGUCUGCAGAACAAAUCGGGGGGAGAAAGGGAAAUACAUAAAGAUUAUUAUAUCUCUGUUAACUGCUCCAUCCUCUGCUGUUGUUUAUGAAUGUGCUGGGACGCUUGUAUCUCUAUCAUCUGCCCCCACAGCUAUAAGAGCUGCUGCCAACACAUACUGCCAGCUUCUGCUCUCUCAGAGUGACAACAAUGUUAAACUUAUUGUACUUGAUCGCCUCAAUGAGCUCAAAUCUUCUCACAGAGAAAUCAUGGUUGAUGUGAUCAUGGAUGUGCUUAGGGCACUCUCUAGCCCCAACCUAGACAUCCGCAGGAAAACACUCGAUAUCGCUCUUGAACUAAUAACUCCUCGGAAUAUUGAUGAGGUUGUUCUUACUCUGAAGAAGGAAGUUGUGAAGACUCAGAGCACUGAGAUUGAGAAAAAUGGGGAAUACCGGCAAAUGCUAGUUCAAGCCAUACAUACUUGUGCUAUCAAAUUCCCUGAGGUGGCAAGCACUGUGGUUCAUCUGUUGAUGGAUUUCUUGGGAGACAGCAAUGUUGCUUCAGCCAUCGACGUGGUUGUUUUUGUGCGAGAGAUAAUUGAAACUAACCCAAAACUGAGGGUCUCAAUAAUAACAAGGCUCUUGGACACUUUCUACCAGAUCCGUGCUGCCCGAGUUUGUUCGUGUGCUCUUUGGAUCAUCGGUGAAUACUGUCUCUCACUAUCUGAAGUUGAGAGUGGGAUCGCAACUAUUAAUCAGUGUCUUGGAGAUCUGCCGUUCUACACAGUUACAGAAGAAGGAGAAGCUUCAGAUGCUUCUAAACGGCCUCAACAAGUAAACUCUAUUACUGUCUCCUCCAAAAGACCAGCGAUUCUUGCUGAUGGGACCUAUGCUACCCAGAGUGCUGCCUCAGAAACUGCUCUUUCCACUCCCACCCUUGUUCAGGGGACUUUGGCUUCACCUGGGAACUUGAGAUCCCUGAUUCUGACCGGUGACUUUUUCCUCGGGGCAGUGGUUUCUUGCACUCUAACUAAGCUGAUUCUGAGAUUGGAAGAGGUCCAGCCAUCAAAAGUUGAAGUGAACAAAGCUAGCACUCAGGCCUUGCUGAUUAUGGUUUCUCUGCUGCAAUUGGGGCAGUCUUCAGUUCUUUCUCACCCUAUUGAUAAUGAUUCAUAUGACAGAAUUGUUCUUUGCAUAAGAUUGCUUUCCAAUACAGGUGACGAGAUUAGGAAGAUAUGGCUGCAAUCAUGCCGUCAGAGUUUUGUUAAAAUGCUUGCAGAUAAGCAGUUCCGGGAAACAGAGGAGAUAAAAGCAAAGGCUCAGGUCUCCCAUGCACAACCAGAUGACCUCAUUGAUUUCUACCAUUUGAAGAGUCGGAAGGGUAUGAGCCAACUUGAAUUGGAAGAUGAAGUUCAAGAUGAUUUAAAACGUGCAACUGGAGAGUUCACCAAAGACGCAGAUGAUGCUAAUAAACUCAAUCGCAUUCUUCAACUCACAGGAUUUAGUGAUCCAGUGUAUGCUGAAGCAUAUGUUACUGUUCACCACUAUGACAUUGUUCUUGAUGUCACUGUCAUUAAUAGAACUAAGGAGACCCUUCAGAAUUUGUGCUUGGAGUUGGCUACCAUGGGUGACCUCAAACUUGUGGAGCGUCCACAGAACUAUACACUAGCUCCAGAGUCAAGCAAACAGAUUAGGGCCAACAUUAAGGUCUCUUCAACUGAAACGGGAGUAAUAUUUGGAAACAUCGUGUAUGAGACUUCAAAUGUGCUUGAGAGAACAGUUGUUGUUCUCAAUGACAUCCAUAUUGACAUCAUGGAUUAUAUCUCUCCCGGAACCUGUGCUGAUGUGGCGUUCAGGACUAUGUGGGCUGAGUUUGAGUGGGAAAACAAGGUACCUCUUAACACCUCCUAA